UGAUAUACUAGUACAUGUAAAGACGUUAUUUGGACGACAGAUGAUCGGGGAGGUAGAUCAAUGUUGCUAACGCGAGCGGAUUGGUUAUUGAUUCUUUUGUGAGCGAAGGUAAUAAAGGUCUUAUUUCCGGAUACAGCAUUUUAUAUCCAGUUGAUGCAACUGAGGAAUGUUUGUAAUCCGUGGAUAAACGACUUAUGGUAACGAGUAAUACAUGUAUUAAAUAUGUCCAGCAAUACGUAAGCUUGGAGCCAUGAGCUCUUUGUGUCAGAGGUACAGAUGUUACAUGUAUAGUAAUUUGAACACUGACGUGGGAUACAUAUCUCGGAGAAGAAGACGAUAAAAAUUCUAACGCCAUUUUGGAGUUAUGGUACAAACGAAGAAGAAAAUAACCUGAUAUAAUAUUUAAUUGUUUAUGUUCCUUUAAAAUCAAGCAAUACUCAUCGAUGGUGAAAUGCAUGCAAAUCGGUUUGAAUUUCAACCACAAUUAGGUGAUUAAACCGCGUAUGGGAAACUUACUUGUUCUUUUCGCGCCUUUAUGUUAUCUAAUGGGAAAUGACGUUUUAAACUUUCGUGCACCGUGAAUAAAAGUAAAAUUAGUUUUAUUCACUGAAUUGAAUAUGUAAAUAUUGAUAAAAAUGUGUAUAGUUUGAAAACCCAUAAUCUCUGCAAUCAGUGGUCAAAUGAUAUCCAAUAUUUUGCCGCUGUGAUUAAUAUUAAAUAUUCGAGUUCUGACUAACAAGUUUGUCAGUUAUGUAGCACUUUAAGACAAGUACCUGUCUAAAGAGCAUAAUAAUGUGUAAUGAAAGCAUCCAGUUUCCAAUAAGGAAUACAAAAUGAAUUCUAGAAGUCAUAUCAAUGGUAUUGCUUUUUUGCGCGGGGGAUGGGGGAGGGGGGGGGGGCUUUUACGCUUCCCUAUUCCCUAACCUUAUCAAUAAUAGCUUCAUGAUGAGAUCAUGACCGUUAAAUAUGCAUGUAUACUUAAGACACCCCUCCCCAACCGUUCGUAACUUUCACCGUAAAUAUUGUGUUUAACAAAAGGUCCAAUCGAUGGAGAAAGAGAGGAGGGGAUGCACUAAUCACAUAAAAAAAUAUAAUUUCAUCUUUUUCCUUUUUAAGUUAAUAUCUCUCUAAUAUUCUAUUUUCUCUUUCACUCUUAAAUCAUUUCCUCCUCCCUCGUUCUUUUAAUGAAUGAGGGGGUAUGGAUAUGCCUCCUCUCAAUCCGCCACUGAAAAAAAAACCUCAAAGACACCUCCGUUGUCUUAUGUGUGUAGAUGCGCAUUAAUGAGAUUUAACUCACCUCAUGAGUGCAUCAUGUGCACCAGAUUAUAAAGUCCAACGGGAUCACGAUAAUUACAUGUAGAUACAUGUAUCUAAUACAUUGUCAUAUAUUUGUCAUUGUAUAAUAAUAUCUUUGUACAGUUUACACAACUGAUCAUGAUGUACAUUUAGAUGACAAAUUUCUUAUCUUACGAGGAGCUAUAUUUAGUAACAUUAUGCAUGUGUAAAAUCUACUAUUGUAUAUACUAUUGUGACUGCACGACUGUUGGCAUUGCCUCUCACGCGGGCACCUGCUGCUGUUGGAUAUCGGAUACAGACAUGACUAAGGUUUCCGUGUAUGGAGCUCAGCAAAUCGCCAUCAUGGACCAGCUGACCUGUACUGUAAGGGAUUCGUGCGCUACAGUUACUGGCAGCCUCUAUGAGGCAUGUUGUCAACUUCACAAUCAGGGAGUAGAGGGCCGACUGUCUUCCCCUCAGUAUGUCACACCUUAUCUGGAGGAUGUGAAGGAAACUUUUAUCAUGGCUGUUGAACAAACCUGUCUCCUGAUUGCUGGAAUCUUAAUGUUAAUCACUAUCAUCAUCUUGAUAAUCGGAACUAUAAUAGUCUCGUGUUGUUCUCGCGAUGACGAAAUUGACUACAAAAUGCUUCCACAAGGCGACUGGCUGCCAGAACACCUCGACUAUGACAGUAUCAUUGACCUCCUACAAAACAUUCAUAAAAGCAAGAAAUUUCAAGAUCUGCAGGACUUUUUAGCACAAGGGAAGCAUUUAACUCAUUUAAAUGAUAGUUGAGAUGAUUUUUGUCAUGCCUGUCGAGUCGCGUCCAUAAUGUGUGAGACGGAUUAAAAUGGCUACCCGACGUGACGUCGCCUUCCAUAUUCUCAGGGAGACUCAGUUAUUGUUAUGCCAGAAAGGUUUUGACAAAUGUUUGAUUUCUUCGGCAUACAAAGGCAGAUUUGUACUCAAUGAUCUUCCUAUUUAGUGGUGCACGUGUAUUUGAUGUAAAUACUCACAUAACCAGGAAAUCCAGUUUGAACCCGGUGCUGUACUUUGUAUAAAUGCUCUUACAUGUAUGUGCUGUUGUUUGAUUCUUUUUAUUUCUAAUGGUCAUAUAUUAUCAAGGGGCUGUUUACAAGGCGCUUACAUGAUAUGUGUCUCCCUCUCUAUCUAUCUAUCUCCCUCUCUCUCUCUCUCUCUCUCUCUCUUUCUCUCUCUCUCUCUCUCUCUCUCUCUCUCUCUCUCUCUCUCUCUCUAUCUGUCUUAUUUAUACAUCUCUUUCUGUCUGUUGAGUAUCAUGAGAUAGAUUUGAUGUGUUCACUUUUUUUAUCAUAAGCUAAUCAAUAAAUAAUUGUUCAAUAUUAAUUUUUCAUACAAUAAAAGGUAAACAUUGUAAAAUAUGGAGGAGCGCCGAGACUGAAAUCAAAUUUUCAGAAGAAGGCUGGGAGAUUGUUUAUGUACUUUUUUAAGCUUAGGGUGAAUAAAAUGAUUUUCAGUUUG